AUGUGCAUCAACUGCAAAGGAACUCCAUUUCAAACGAAAUUCGGCAGAUGCAAACUUCAAUAUUCCAACCUCGGCAAAACUGUCGUCCCCGGUCUUGGAAUCGUCUCUGUCCUUGCCAUAUCCGAGAUCGGUUCCCGAGUCGUCCACACUUUCUACGACACCGGUUUUCUUGAAGAAGCUUUUCUUAAAAAUGGUGCUCUGACAACUGCUCAAGCGGACGCGAUUUUGAACCUCAUGAACGAAGAUCACGAUCAAGAAGUCGAAAAAUUAGCGAUCAACCUCGCCCGCGCCGAACUGAAGCGAAAACUGGAAGUGCCAAAGAAAAUCAAGCUGUCAUCAAAGCCGAAGAAACCUCUCACUGACGAAGAACUCAUCAAGCUUUUUGGAGAAGCUGACGAACCAUCAGCUCAGGCUCCUCAAAAGAAGCGAGCGAAGAAAAUCAACAAGAAAAAGCCGAAUCAAGGAAAAGCACCAAAUGCGAUUCGAAAGACGAAGAAACCUGCUCGACUCUAA